AUGGAAGAAAAGAAUCAGACGGCGGUGACCGAGUUUCUCUUCCUUGGCAUCACAGAUAACCUCCAUCAGCAGAUUGUCCUCUUCAUCAUCUUUUUCUUUAUUUAUCUUGUCACCCUGGGGGGUAACCUGGGCAUGAUCACUCUCAUAUGGGUGGACCCCAGGCUGCACACACCUAUGUACUUUUUUCUCAGCCACCUGUCCUUUGUAGAUGUGUGCUCCUCUUCUUCCAUAGCCCCUAAGAUGCUGUGUGAUAUCUUUGCAGAGAACAAAGCCAUCUCCUUUGUGGGCUGUGCUGCACAGAUGUGGUUUGUUGGUCUUUUUGUGGGAACUGAGUGCUUCCUCCUGGCAGUCAUGGCGUAUGAUCGGUAUACAGCCAUCUGUAAGCCCUUGCUAUAUACACUCAUUAUGUCACAGAGGGUCUGUGUGCAUCUGGUUGUAGGGCCUUAUGCUUUUGCUAUUAUAAACAUCACAACUCAUACAACCUUGACUUUUUGCUUACCAUUCUGUGGUCCAAAUGCCAUCAACCAUUUCUUCUGUGAUGUUUCCCCAUUAUUUUCCUUAGCAUGUGCUGACACCUGGAUCAAUAAGAUUGUGCUUUUUGUCUUGUCUGGAGCAAUAGGAGUGUUCAGUGGUCUGAUUAUCAUAGUUUCCUAUGUCUGCAUCUUGAUGGCCAUUUUGAAGAUUCAAACUGCUGACGGAAAACGAAAAGCCUUCUCUACUUGUUUCUCUCACCUGGCAGCUGUUUCUAUCCUAUAUGGGACUCUUUUCUUUAUCUAUGUUCGACCCAGUGCAAGUUUUUCCUUGAACAUCAACAAAAUGAUUUCAUUGUUUUAUACUGUGGUGAUCCCCAUGCUGAAUCCCCUCAUCUAUAGCUUGAGGAACAAGGAAGUGAAAGGUGCAUUCAGGAGAAAGAUGAAAAAGAAACAUUUUCCAGCAGGUAGGUAA